AUGUUAAAAGACUUUUUUGCUCCAGCAUUUACUUCAACCCCACUAAAAGAAUCAAAUUUAGAAUUCUAUGGACAUUUUGUUAGUGGAUUUUUCCGUACUGCAGUAUCAUCAAUAGUGAAUUCUGGAGUCGAUCCUGCUUUAAUUUCAUCGAUAGAUGCCAUCUACCUAUACUACAGUCAUUUUCGAAAUCAUGUUAAAGUUAAUGACCCUCUCUUCUUACCAAAAGCCUUUCAUUUACUGUUGCUGAACAUCACAAAAACAGUAGACUGUGUUAACUACGUGGAUCAUGCAUUCAAAUUUGCCACUUAUUUAUACAACGAACUUCAGCUCAUCAAUUCAGAGGAUAAUAUUGAUGUUUUUACCAAUCCUGCAAUUCUCUGGAAUUUUGCAGGGAAACUGGAGAAGCAACCAAAUUUUACAGACUUUAUUUUGUCACUCCGAGUACGACACAUGUCCCUCAGGCUAUUAGCCCUUAAAGCUAAAAACCUGCCCUCACUGGUGACAAAGUUGGGUAAUACUAUCUUGAGGUUUCGUCAACAAAUGUCUACUUUGUGUCCUAAUAAAGUACACACUACCGAUUUGGAAUCAGCUGCUGUUUGGAAUAACAUUAUCGAAACCGUUUUGCUUGCAAUGGCAAAAGAAGAUAAGCCCAAGGCAUUUCUCCUUAAUAUUCUUGAGCUUCAUGUCCAUCAUGCACGUUUCAUAUCUUUUUAUAACAUUUCGCAGUCUGAUUCCACAAAGAAUUUCCGUAACGUGCGAUCUUUCCUUGACCAACACAUUGAAGACGACGAAUAUACAGAAAGCGUUUUCAAACUAUGUGAUGCCAUUCUAGUCAUUGGGGACAGUUCCAAGAAAACUGUUAAAACUUUCAUUGCAUCUAUGUUUGACAAUGUGAAAGAUGCAAGUACAAAGCUUGCAGCUGCAGUAAAUAAAGACACACUGACCAUUGGCCAGGUUUCUUUGAUCUGUGAUGCGUGUGGCAUAUUUAUUGAGGGCCUAUCUCAUUAUUAUCGUUUGCAACAGGAAAACACUGCUGAGAACAAAGUCAAGGCCAGUCGACAAGAUGUGUACAUGUGUAUAAGCUAUUCCAUAUUAAUGGAAAUUCUUUACACACUUUUUGAAACGGAUGAUUCCAAUAAAUGGUUAUUGAAAACCUUGGCUGUUGCGAAUAAUUACAUGAAUGAUGUUCAAAGUUUAUCUGAGACUUCAGCCAAAACUAAAGAAAAGCAAAUGGUUUAUAUUAGUCAGAUGCUGAGGAAAUUUGGUCGUUUCUGUUAUAAUCAUGGACACAAUGAAUCUGGUAUUGCUGUAUACAGGCUGCUACUGGAACAGAUGAAGUCUCAAGAUUUAUCAGAAGAAUCAAAUGAACAGAAUUAUAUCAAAGCCCAUGAAUACCUUGCUGAAUGUCAAAAACGAAACGGUGACUGGGAUGGCUCCUUUAAAACUAUUAUAUCUUGCAUAUUAAUUGCAUCCGUUUCCGCUCUUUCUACUGCAGUGAAGAUGUGGCUGCGUAUAAAGAAAGAAGCUGUCAAGGACUUACCAGAUGUUGCUAGCAAAACUUUGAAAACUUUAAUUAAAGAAAAUCAGUCAGUUAUUGAAAUGACUAAAAUAGAUAUAGCAGCCUUUCUGCAGUUAGAAUGGCAAUCUAUAAGUUCCAGCAAUUUUUUCCGAAAGAAACAGAAAGACUAUGCAGUUGCCUUAUUGACUGAUUUAGCUGACCUUUCCUUGGAUCCUUUUGCAAAAUCUCGAUACUUGUAUGAGCUUGCACUAAUUCUAUGGAACACACCACAGCCUACAAGCAAAUCUGGGAAAGACUAUUUGUCAGAAGCAAUUCAUUUGAUUGAACCUUUGUUAAAAUCCACUCAAUCAAAGGACAAGUUCCUCCUCGGACAGGCAUAUCUUUUGCUUUAUACAUUUGAACAAGAAGAAUUUGAUCAAAAGAAUUUUCAGCGUGAGAAAUUUUUGGGAACUCAUACAGAACCCCAACUAGAGAAAGUGAAACCGUUUACCUUGCAAAUAGAAUUUGCUGGUAUGGAAAAGCUUGAUCUUUCUUUGGAAUUAUUUGAAGAGGCGGUAGCGGCUCCUGUUGGUGAUGAAGAAAAGUACAGUAAGAUGACGGCAACUGACAUUAUUGCUCUUGUGAAUUCAAUUAUGUUUGCUGCUUCCAUUUACACGGCUUCUUUGAAGCUGAAGAAAUCAUUUGAGUUGAUGCAGGAAGUUCUUUGCAACUGUAUUCUGACAUCUAGCAAAAAUAAGAGUUCAUGUGCUCUUCUGGGCUGGGCGAAACGUUUGCUGUCCAGAUUGAAAUUGAUGUCACUACAUAUAGGUGCUGUUGAUUCGGUCAAAUCAAAUAAUGAGGAAGAAACUCCACUGGAUUUGGCAUAUGAAGCGAUGCGCAUGUACACUGCAGUUAUUCACUGCAUUAUUCAACCAGAUACACCAUCAUUUUCAAAUUCCGACUUCGUCAGUGGAGUAAGCUUUGAUUUUGAGAAAUAUGAGAUUGUAUCCGAGCUGCUGAAAUCCCUCCUUUACCUCAGUCAGCUUUACUGUCACGUGGGGGAAGAGCGAGAGGCAAAAUGUUACAUCAAAGAAGGACUAAGAUUGGCUGAAAUAUUUGUCCUGCCCAGAUGGUCUGCAGCAUUCUACCUACAGUCAGUGCGAGUAAAUUUUCUCUCAGGCAAAAUUGAUAAAGAAUUGACUGUAACGAAGGCAGCCAAAAGCAGGCGGCAACCUACAGCUAAAACAAAACCAACUGACUGGCAAAAGAGAUUAGCUGAAACCUUCAACCGAGUUGGGAGGGAAAUCAAACGGGAAGCAGAUAGUCCUGUGGAAAAAAACUUCUCUGUUUCACCCGUGUCAUUGACGCCUGACCUCUGUCUAAAUAAGAGCUGGAGUUGCAUUUCUUUACUGGAUUCUGAUUCUCCUGCCUCCAAUAUCUCUGGUUGCUUUUCAUUCGAGGAAAUUCAGAGAGUCUGGGAACCACUUUCUGAAGAGCUUCUCAAUGUGAGUUCUCCUGAACUUUUACGAGCAGAUAAAGGUAGCAAUAACUCAGAUGACACCACAACCAGCAGAGCUAAAAGAGCUACAAGAAGAGGCCCAGCCAGGGCUUUGGUUUCAACUGUAGAUAAAAAAGGAAGACAAGAAAAGGGAAAAACACUAAAGGACUGCCAAGAGGAAUGUUCUGAUUCCUCCCAGAGUAAUAUGAGGUUCAGGUGUUUGGAAUCUGCAUAUGAACAGAUGCGUCUCUUCCCCCCUUGUUCAUUAUACAACUUUACUUGUAAAGCAUUGGCAAUGAAUUACCUUCCACAUGAUCCAAACAUGGCUGCAUUUUACCUGACUGAAGCUCAGUCAGUAACACUUCGACAUGCUCUUAUCACACAGUUAAGCAGGAAAAUCAGAAAAAUAAUAAAAGAUCAAAAUGCCAAUGAAAAUCAGAAGAAAAGCCAUCUUUCUCUUCAGAAUGCUCCUUCCUUAGAAAAUCUAACACAAGCAAAACAGGCUCUAAGCUUUGGGCAUAACCCCAGCAACAUUAAUUCCUUAAUAGAAGCUAUUGACCCAGCCUGGACUGUUUGUCAAGUAUCUGUUGUGGCCUCUCCUAACUUUUCUUCACCUCCAGUUUUGAUAGUGACACAGUAUCGGCACAACACUUCUCCAACAAUUGUUUCAUUGCCUGGAUAUAGUCAGUCAGGGGGUAAUCAGAUAUUAAAGUUACACGAGUAUAUCCAACAUUCGAAUCGUAAAAGUCUAAGCCUUUUGAAUAAAAAUGAAUGGUGGAAUGCAAGGCAUAUGCUUAAUAAUAAACUGCAGAUUAUUCUUAAUCAAAUGGAACGCUAUUGGCUUGGUUGCUGGAAAGGAAUUCUGCUCGGUCAUUUGACAAAUGAAGAUGAUCGGAAGAAAUUGAAAAUGUCAGCUGAAAAAAUCGCUGACAUCAUCAAAGAGAAAUGUUCCAAGGAGCCCAAUCUUGGAUUAAUUCAGAUUUUAAUUGAUUCUAUUGAAUGUUUGUCUGCUGAAGAACAGAACCUGGCCAUUAGUCAAGUGACUGGUUUAGACGAUGUUUACUGUAAAGAUUUCAUUUCCAUCAAGUCUCAAAUAUUGCAACUCUGCAAAAGUCUCAACUCUUCUGUCUCUGACAGACAUCCUCUCAUUAUCAUUUUGGAUAAGGUUGUACAACAUCUUCCCUGGGAAAAUCUGCCCAUUUUACGUAAUCGACCCGUUUCUCGAAUACCUUCCCUUUAUUACCUUAAAGUUCAGAUGUCUUACCUUCAUCAUAGGAAUUCGGUGAUAACUGAUGGUUUUGAUCCCAAAAGCACAUUCUAUGUGCUUAACCCUGAUGAUAAUUUGCCAUGUACACAGGAGAUCUUUCAGAAAUCUUUUGAAAAUACUGAAGGCUGGGAAGGAGUGGUAAGCAAGCCACCCACUGCAGACCAAUUUAUUUCUGCUCUUACACAAAAGGAUACCAUGAUUUAUUGCGGCCAUGGUGAUGGUAACAAGUAUUUGCAUGGGGAUUAUCUUCAACAAUUAAAUUGCCGGGCAGUUGCUGUCUUAAUGGGUUGUAGUAGUGGACAAAUGGAGGCAAAAGGAAUCCUUGAUGAAACGGGAAUGAUUAACAAUUACUACCUGGCAUUUUGUCCUGUGAUUGUGGCUAAUCUGUGGGACGUGACUGACCGUGAUAUUGACCGCUUUCUACAGACUCUUCUCAAUAACUGGAUCCUCUCCAAAGAUGAAGCCAAAAUCUCACUCACUGAAGCUGUGGUGAAAGCACGAAGUGCCUGUAAACUUCCUUACCUCAUUGGCUGUGCACCAGUUGUUUACGGCAUUCCUCUCUGA